UUCAUUCAUCUGCAAAAAUGACUGAUCAGGCCUACAACCCACAACACUACGGAGGAGGAAUAAUGCAACACCACGGCGGCGGAGGAAUGCACCAGCAGUGGGAUCCCAACCGGUCCCACCAGGUAGUAAAGGCAGCCACUGCCGCCACUGCCGGUGGCUCUCUCCUCCUCCUCUCCGGUCUCACACUCGCCGGCACUAUUAUUGCAUUGACGGUGGCUACUCCACUUCUGGUAAUAUUCAGUCCGGUGCUGGUCCCGGCGGCCAUCACUGUCUUCCUUUUGUUAACUGGGUUUUUAACGUCGGGAGGGUUUGGAGUGGCAGCAGUGACGGUGUUAUCGUGGAUUUACAAGUACGCAACUGGUGGGCAUCCACCCGGGGCGGACUCACUGGAUCAAGCUAGGGACAAGUUGGGUUACAGGGCUCGGGAGAUGAAAGGGAGAGCGGAGCAGGCGGGUGGAUGAGUGGGGCACUACCAGACUUGAGGAGCUAGAAAGCAAGAGAAGAUGGGGUGACUAUAAUGUCCAUUUUUAUUGCUUUUUGUCAUCUAUAUUUUGUUACAUGUUUAUGUGGGUGUGUUUUGUGUUUAUGUGGGUGUUACGAUGUUUAAAGUAAUAAUGCAAGUAUAAGUUUGAGUUUCCUUUUAUUUCUUUCUACUC